AUGGGCCACCACGUCAGCAUUGGGAAGAACGUUUUGUGGUUUCAGAUCACAUUGCGCUACUUGACAGCUGCUCUCCUGCCCGGUCUUCUUCAAAAGUCUCUGAUGGCUACAACAACAUCUGUUCAAGAAGAAGCCUCUAAAGCUUUAAAAUGCCAGACAUGGGUUUUGAAAGUAUCUAUCCACUGCCAAGGUUGCAAGAGAAAAGUCAAGAAAGUUCUACAAAGCAUCGAUGGUGUUUAUACAACAAGCAUUGAUUCGCAGCAACAGAGAGUCACAGUUACAGGCAACAUUGAGGCAGGUACGCUGAUCAAGAAACUCAUGAAAACAGGCAAACAUGCAGAGAUAUGGCCUGAAAAGCUUGCUACCAAGGAGAAAGAAUCAUCUGGGAAAGCAAAAAACAUGCACAAGACGAAUGGCCCAAAAAGUGUCCAAAAUCACAGUGGUAAUGGCAGCAAAAGAUCUGUGAUGUUUAGUGUGGAGGGCCUAGGUGAGGAAAUCAAUAAUGGGGACAAGCUACCGGAUAAUUCCACCGCUGGACCGGGAGGAAAUAACAAGGGCAGUAUAACUGAGGGCGGUGGCAGUGGCGGUGGUGUAAACAGUGGAGGUAAAAAGAAGAAAAAGAAAGGGCAGAAAGGUAAUGAUGGCAGCAAUGUUAUGGGGGGAUCAGGCUUAUCACCAUCUUCUGGCACAUCUGCAGGCAGUGGAGAUCAAACUAACGGUGUGGAGAUGGAUCAAGUUGUGGGCCCUAGUAAUCUCAACCCUACACGUCAGCAUUCGAUUCCAUGGCGGCAGGGUUACUCCAUUCCUCAAGUGUAUGCAUCAAGUUAUAGCAUGGCAUAUCCUUGUGGAAGUCCUGCUCCUUUCUACCAUGUUCCUCCAUCACCAUAUACAAAUGCAAAUGCAAAUCAAACCACACAGUUGGAGUCUUUCAACAUUUUCAGUGAUGAAAAUGUCAAUGGAUGCUCUAUCAUGUAA